GUCGGGCGAGGCAGGGGACGAGCUCGGGGCACCGCCUGGGUGCCCACCUGCCGCCAGGGCGCACGGAGGGCGCGGGGCUGGACCUGGGCCGCGUGUGCCCGCCCUGGGGCUCGCCGUCCAGCCCCUCUCCGCCCCCGGGAGGGACAAAGGGAGGGCAGACGGCCGGACCCGCCCCCAGCCCCAGCCGCGGCUGCCAGUGAGAGACUGGAGGCACCACCCCGGAGCGGAGAAACCAGUUUGGCCGGUCCCGGGGAGCGGAGGGAAAAGGGCGGCCGCCGAGGACUGGCGCUCGGACGCGGGGCGGGGGAAGGCGGGGAGCCAUUGGCGAGAGGCGAGAGCCGGAGGAGCCGCCGCCAACUGGACACGCUUCCCGGGGCCCCGGGCCAGCCCCGUGCGCCAUGAAGCGCUAGCGCGGCGGCCAGGGCUGGGGCCGGGCGGUGGCGGCGACUACGGCCAGGUGCGCAGCGAGCGCGCGGAGGGGCGCGCACCCGACGGAUGUCCCAGCAGGGGCCAGCGAGCGCCAGGUAGUUCCAGUUUGCCAGCAGGAUGAGUUCUGAAAGAGACUCAGAAACGACAUUCGAGGAGGAUUCUCAGCCGAAUGAUGAAGUGGUUCCCUAUAGUGACGAUGAAACAGAAGAUGAGCUCGAAGACCAGGGAGCUGCGGUUGAACCAGAACAGAAUCGAGUCAACAGAGAAGCAGAGGAAAACCGGGAGGCAUUCCGAAAAGAUUGUACAUGGCAAGUCAAGGCAAAUGAUCGAAGCUUCCAUGAACAGCCUCAAUUUAUGAACACAAAGUUCUUUUGUAUUAAGGAGAGCAAAUAUGCGAGUAAUGCAAUUAAAACGUACAAGUAUAAUGCCUUUACCUUCCUACCAAUGAAUUUGUUUGAGCAGUUUAAGAGAGCAGCCAAUUUCUAUUUCCUGGUCCUUCUUAUCUUACAGGCAAUUCCUCAAAUCACGACCCUGGCAUGGUACACCACCCUGGUGCCCUUGCUCCUGGUGCUGGGCAUCACGGCCAUCAAAGACCUGGUGGACGACGUGGCUCGCCAUAAAAUGGAUAAUGAAAUCAACAAUAGGACGUGUGAAGUCAUUAAGGACGGCAGGUUCAAGAUUGCCAAGUGGAAAGAGAUUCAAGUUGGAGACGUCAUUCGGUUGAAAAAGAAUGAUUUUAUUCCCGCCGACACGCUGCUCCUGUCCAGCUCCGAGCCCAACAGCCUCUGCUACGUCGAAACAGCUGAACUGGAUGGAGAAACCAAUCUCAAGUUCAAAAUGGCGCUGGAAAUCACACACCAGUGUCUCCAGAGAGAAAAUUCACUGGCAGCAUUUGACGGUUUCGUUGAAUGUGAAGAACCCAAUAACCGACUGGAUAAGUUUACAGGAACACUGUUUUGGAGAAACACAAGUUUUCCUUUGGAUGCUGAUAAAAUUUUAUUACGUGGCUGUGUAAUUAGGAACACCGACUUCUGCCAUGGAUUGGUGAUUUUUGCAGGUGCUGACACGAAAAUAAUGAAAAAUAGUGGGAAAACCAGAUUCAAAAGAACUAAAAUUGAUUACUUGAUGAACUACAUGGUUUAUACGAUCUUUGUUGUUCUCAUUCUGCUUUCUGCUGGUCUGGCCAUCGGCCAUGCUUACUGGGAAGCUCAAGUUGGCAAUUAUUCUUGGUACCUCUAUGAUGGAGAAGACUUUACACCCUCCUACCGUGGAUUCCUAAAUUUCUGGGGCUACAUCAUUGUUCUAAACACCAUGGUGCCCAUCUCUCUCUAUGUCAGCGUGGAGGUGAUCCGUCUGGGACAGAGUUACUUCAUAAACUGGGACCUGCAGAUGUACUAUCCUGAGAAGGACACGCCCGCCAAGGCGAGAACCACCACGCUGAAUGAGCAGCUUGGGCAGAUCCAUUACAUCUUCUCUGAUAAGACAGGGACGCUCACGCAAAACAUCAUGACUUUUAAGAAGUGCUGCAUCAAUGGGCAAAUAUAUGGAGACCAUCGGGACGCUUCUCAAAACAAUCACAGCAAGACAGAGCAAGUGGAUUUCAGCUGGAACACGUUUGCUGACGGGAAGCUUGCGUUUUACGACCACUAUCUUAUCGAGCAAAUCCAGUCGGGGAAAGAGUCAGAAGUUCGGCAGUUUUUCUUCUUGCUUGCAGUCUGCCACACGGUCAUGGUGGACAGAAUUGAUGGUCAGCUCAACUACCAGGCGGCCUCUCCUGACGAAGGCGCUCUGGUGAGCGCUGCCAGGAACUUUGGAUUUGCCUUCCUCGCCAGGACCCAGAACACGAUCACCAUCAGUGAAUUGGGGACCGAGAGGACCUACAGUGUUCUUGCCAUUUUGGACUUCAACAGUGACCGGAAGCGAAUGUCUAUAAUUGUAAGAACCCCAGAAGGCAACAUCAGGCUUUAUUGCAAAGGCGCUGACACAGUGAUUUAUGAACGGUUACAUCAGAUGAAUCCAACAAAACAAGAGACACAGGAUGCCCUGGAUAUCUUUGCAAGUGAGACUCUUAGAACUCUGUGCCUUUGCUACAAGGAAAUUGAAGAAAAAGAAUUUGAAGAAUGGAAUAAAAAGUUUAUGGCUGCCAGUAUAGCCUCAACCAACCGGGAUGAAGCUCUGGAUAAAGUGUAUGAGGAGAUUGAAAAGGACUUAAUUCUACUGGGAGCCACAGCUAUUGAAGACAAGUUACAGGAUGGAGUCCCAGAAACCAUUUCAAAACUUGCAAAAGCUGACAUCAAGAUCUGGGUGCUCACUGGAGACAAAAAGGAAACUGCUGAAAAUAUAGGAUUUGCUUGUGAACUCCUGACGGAAGACAUGACUAUCUGCUAUGGGGAAGAUAUCAAUGCUCUUCUUCACACAAGGAUGGAAAACCAGAGGAACAGAGGUGGAGUCUAUGCAAAGUUUGUACCCCCCGUGCACGAACCUUUUUUUCCACCUGGUGAAAGUCGUGCUUUAAUAAUCACUGGUUCUUGGUUGAAUGAAAUUCUUCUGGAGAAAAAGACCAAGAGAAGUAAGAUUCUGAAGCUGAAGUUCCCGAGGACGGAAGAAGAAAGACGGAUGCGGACGCAGAGUAAAAGGCGUCUGGAAGCCAGGAAAGAGCAGAGGCAGAAGAACUUUGUAGACCUGGCCUGUGAGUGCAAUGCAGUCAUCUGCUGCCGGGUCACCCCCAAGCAGAAGGCAAUGGUGGUGGACCUGGUGAAGAGGUACAAGAAAGCCAUCACGCUGGCGAUUGGAGAUGGGGCCAAUGAUGUAAACAUGAUCAAAACUGCCCACAUUGGUGUUGGAAUAAGUGGACAAGAAGGCAUGCAAGCUGUCAUGUCAAGUGACUACUCCUUUGCCCAGUUCAGAUACUUGCAGAGAUUGCUGUUGGUACACGGCCGGUGGUCUUACAUAAGGAUGUGCAAGUUCCUUCGAUAUUUCUUUUACAAAAACUUCGCAUUUACGUUGGUUCAUUUCUGGUACUCCUUCUUCAAUGGGUACUCUGCACAGACGGCGUACGAGGACUGGUUCAUCACGCUCUACAACGUGCUCUACUCCAGCCUGCCCGUGCUCCUCAUGGGGCUGCUUGACCAGGAUGUGAGUGACAAACUGAGCCUCCGCUUCCCUGGGCUGUACAUAGUAGGACAAAGAGACUUACUUUUCAACUAUAAGAGAUUCUUCGUAAGCUUGGUGCACGGAAUUUUAACAUCGAUGGUCCUCUUCUUCAUACCUCUUGGAGCUUAUCUGCAAACUGUGGGGCAGGAUGGAGAGGCACCUUCGGACUACCAGUCUUUUGCUGUGACGAUUGCUUCUGCUCUUAUAAUAACAGUCAACUUCCAGAUUGGCUUGGAUACUUCUUACUGGACCUUUGUGAAUGCUUUUUCAAUUUUUGGAAGCAUUGCACUUUAUUUUGGCAUCAUGUUUGACUUUCAUAGUGCUGGGAUACAUGUUCUCUUUCCAUCUGCAUUUCAAUUUACAGGCACAGCAUCAAAUGCCUUGAGACAGCCAUACAUUUGGUUGACCAUCAUUCUGACCGUUGCAGUGUGCUUACUGCCCGUCGUUGCCAUACGCUUCUUGUCAAUGACCAUUUGGCCAUCAGAAAGUGAUAAGAUCCAGAAGCACCGCAAGCGGUUGAAAGCGGAAGAGCAGUGGAAGCGGCGGCAGCACGUGUUCCGCCGGGGCGUGUCCUCGCGGCGCUCCGCCUACGCCUUCUCGCACCAGCGCGGCUACGCCGACCUCAUCUCCUCCGGGCGCAGCAUCCGGAAGAAGCGCUCCCCGCUGGACGCGAUCAUAGCCGAGGGCACCGCGGAGUACCGGCGGACUGUGGAGAGCUGAUGCGGCGGCGAAGCCGGCACGCACACACACACACGCACACAGAUGUCUAUUUUUUUAUGAAAAACUCUCAGGACUUUUUAAAAAACCAAAAACUGAAUUUGUCAGGAGGAUGUUAAAGACAACAACUUUUGUAACAAACCACUUGGGCUGGACUAUUGCAGUGGCGAAGCCAAGAAUACCUUUUCAAAAGUCCUCUUGUUCAACUGCUUGUGUUCAUUAGGCUUCAGAGGGGAUGUCGUAAUCCAGUCUCGAUCUGGGACAGCAGAAUUA